CGCUCGCUCCGCCAAGUUGCGCGGCCGCUGCCCGGCGGCUCCGGGGUUCUGGUGGCGCCACGCGCGGCGGCCCCCGGCGGAGCGCGACCAGGCGGGAUGACGGCAGAGGCGCGGGGAGCGCCCGGGAGCGGCUGAAGGCGGACAAGGGGCGCGUGGAAGCGAGCGUCUGAAGCCUAGGGGCGAGUCCGGCUGAUGACAGCGGGCUCGACUGAAGGGGACGCGGAGCGAACGAAGCGGGAGCGGGGCAGCGGCGCCGCCGAGCCCGUCCCGCGGCGGGUCGCGCCGCGCCUGCCCUGAGGACAGCGGGACCCCAGGAGGGAAAGUUUGGCGCUCGCCCGCCCCCGCCCCGCCGGGCAAAGUUGUCUUUGGCUCCUUUGUUUUUUGCCCGCCCGCUUCUCCCUCCGGUGCAAUAUAUGCUCGUGGAGAGCCGACCCGCCGCCCAGCCAUGUCGGCGGCCAUCUCUGCCGCGGAGAAGGUGGAUGGCUUCACACGGAAAUCGGUGCGCAAGGCGCAGAGGCAGAAGCGCUCGCAGGGCUCCUCGCAGUUCCGCAGCCAGGGCAGCCCGGUGGAGCUCUCGCCGCUGCCCCAGCUCAAAGAUGCCACCUUCAAUGAACAGCAGGAUCUUUUUUGUCAGAAGUUGCAACAGUGUUGUGUGCUCUUUGACUUCAUGGACUCUGUUUCAGACCUGAAAAGUAAAGAAAUCAAGAGAGCAACACUGAAUGAACUGGUUGAAUAUGUUUCAACAAAUCGUGGAGUGAUUGUUGAAUCAGCUUAUGCUGACAUAGUGAAAAUGAUUAGUUCUAAUAUUUUCAGAACACUUCCACCUAGUGAUAACCCAGAUUUUGAUCCAGAAGAAGAUGAACCAACUCUUGAAGCCUCAUGGCCCCACAUACAGUUGGUGUAUGAGUUUUUCCUGAGGUUUUUGGAGAGCCCGGAUUUUCAGCCCAGCAUUGCGAAGCGAUACAUUGACCAGAGAUUUGUGCAGCAGUUGUUGGAGCUCUUUGACAGUGAAGACCCACGAGAACGUGAUUUCCUAAAGACAGUUCUUCAUAGAAUUUAUGGAAAGUUCCUCGGUUUAAGAGCAUUCAUCAGGAAACAGAUAAACAACAUUUUCCUCAGGUUUAUAUAUGAAACAGAGCACUUCAAUGGUGUUGCUGAACUUCUUGAGAUAUUAGGAAGUAUUAUCAAUGGUUUUGCACUGCCACUGAAAGCAGAACACAAACAGUUCCUUAUGAAAGUUCUGAUUCCCAUGCAUACUGCAAAGGGAUUAGCUUUGUUUCAUGCACAGCUUGCCUAUUGUGUCGUACAGUUCCUGGAAAAAGAUACAACUUUAACAGAGCCUGUAAUCAGAGGACUGCUCAAAUUUUGGCCAAAAACAUGCAGUCAGAAAGAGGUCAUGUUUUUAGGUGAAAUUGAAGAAAUCUUAGAUGUUAUAGAACCAACACAGUUCAAAAAAAUAGAAGAGCCUUUAUUUAAGCAAAUAUCCAAGAGUGUGUCAAGUUCACAUUUUCAGGUUGCAGAAAGAGCUUUGUACUUCUGGAAUAACGAAUACAUUCUUAGCCUGAUUGAGGAGAACAUUGAUAAAAUUCUGCCAAUUAUGUUUGGCAGUUUGUACAAGAUCUCCAAAGAACACUGGAAUCCAACCAUUGUGGCACUGGUGUACAAUGUGCUGAAAACCCUGAUGGAAAUGAAUGGCAAGCUCUUUGAUGAACUCACAAGCUCGUACAAAGCAGAAAGGCAAAGAGAGAAAAAGAAAGAAUUGGAACGUGAAGAGUUGUGGAGAAGGUUGGAGGAGUUAAAGCUUAAGAAGGCGAUGGCAGAAAAGCAGAACGCCACUCACAACGUGCUCAAUGCACACAAUACAAGUGCCAAAUAAAAGAAAUGACCACCUCUA